AUGCAUACCUCCUUCACAGGUAGCACCCGCAAGAGCCGUCAAGUCAAUCUCUCUGGCAGAGGCCCAACGAACCCAUGGGCUGCGCUGAACAAGUCAGCCUCCGCGAAGCCUUCGGCAAGCCACGACGCUGUUGCCCAGGCCCAGGCCGAUCGUCUCAAGAGGCAGCAGGACAGAGAAAAGCAGAAUGCUACCAGAAGAAUACAAAAAGUGUGGCGGGGCCAUGCGAGUCGGAGGGAGAUCAAAGCCACGUGGAGAAAAGCUUGGGACGACAACGAGCAGAAGAGACUGGGUGCCAGCCACACACUGGAUUACACGACUCUGAUCCAAAGUGAUGGUGUGGUACCUGCAUAUCAAGAUGUCACCCAGUUAUCCUGUCAGCUAUGCCUACUUCUGCGCUUUCAAGAGUUUCGAGGCAAUUCCGUCAGAGAUGCCCAAGACACUCCCCGCUUGAUCUAUUUUGGCCAAGCACUACAACAGACAAUUUUGGUAUCACAGGACAUAGAUCUCGAUCAUUCAUGGAGACAACGUUUGGCUCGACUCGGCUUGGUUGCACUGCGACAUCUGAAAGUUGUUGCCCAGCAUGACUCCUCCGCCUCUCCGACCUCAUACAGUGCUUCAUUAAUCACUAUCCUUUCCUUAAUCUGUGAGACAGUCCCCGAGGAAACCGCCCAACAAUCGGAGAUGUACUUUGAUGCCGUUGUAUUCGUCCUCGAAACAACCGACAGUCAAUCCUGGCAUGAUCUUGCCUUCAAGUUGACGAAAACCCUGCUGACAUCUCCGCAAAGAGCAAGACUUCAUGCAUACAUCGCUUUCGCCAAAGUUGUCUUGAGUCAGGCCAUCUUGGCUGGCGACCAAGGGUUCCUCGGUUCAAUCGCGACCACAGUGGAUCUCUCUUCGUUGUCUAGUGCACUCACGUUUCAAGUGCAGACCUUGAGAGAAGUCCAACCGAAAGCUCUGAGCAAUAAUCAACUUCUAUGGCAGCUCGCAUACCUCAUCUUCAUAAAUGAAUCACAGAACCAAUCAAGAGUCGUGCAAAGGUCGUAUAUCGAGGCACUUUCUGCCCUCUUAGCCUGUUGUGCCCCAGAUGUCGCAACCCGUCUAGACCUGGCCGACUCGCCAAUGUUUGCGAGCGAGCCUCCUCCCACAGAGCCCCUACCUCCCUUCAUUCGCGAGAUGCUUCUCAAAAUACCUCAACAAGACAACGUUCGGCGAACCUUGGAUGCAAUGGGCGACAUCCUCAAUCCCGGCACCAAUACCCCAGGUUCGGAUUUUGACAUUGCUAAAAGACUUGCAAAUUAUGCACUGGCUUUGUUGAAUGCCUAUCCUUCCAAGGCACAGAAUACGAGGAUGCUCCUCCAUCAAGGUUCUUUUGCCUUCAUCGGCGGUGCUAACAUGUCAAUAACCCAGUACUUCUGGGCUACCACGCGAAAAACCAGUAUUUUCAAGAAAAUUGUCCAGAGCCACCGACUUGUCCUAUCAUUACUCCGCGAGGCAGCUCCAGAAACCAAUCAGAUUGGUCAAGCGCCGCUCUCACAUUCAGAGAUUGCGCAAUGGCGUGAUGAGUGGAAACUCAUUAUCCUUUUCUUCGAGUUGUACGGCUUCAUCCUCAGACUCAUGGAUGAUAGUGAAUUUUUCUCGCUUUCUAAGGCCAAUACAUUUGGAACUUCUACCAACACUCCUGCUUCAGUAAUAUCGAAGAAGGGCGCACUACCUCUCGAAGACGUUUCACUGAUGUCCACAUUUCUCAAGAAUCUAGCUUUUUCCCUUUAUUGGUAUGCUGCUGAUUUAGCAGAAACGAAUGAGAAUGAGGAAGAGGCUGACAUCUCCGCCCUCUUUGGGAUGCAGUCGCAGGCUCAGGCAUCUACUAAAACUACCGAAAAGAUGCCACAAACAUUGACUGGGAAUGGCCUGUCUCAAUCAUAUCUCAAAGGACUUGUGACGGGUCUCCUGCGUCAGCUGCACGAAAUAGAUUCCAGGCAGCCUUUUGUUCCCGCUAAUCACUGGUUGAUGACCGAUCAAGUAAAUAUGACCGGGUUCAUUCCUGCAGUCGUAGCGGAAGAGGAAAAAAGGCACGAACUCGCUGGUGAUGAAGAGCAGGAAGACGAGCAAGAUGGACUCGACGCCGACCCUGCUGACUUCGACAUGUCGAUGGGAUCGGGUGCGUCAGAAGCCUUGUUGAGUGCAAUGUUUGGCAUUCGGCAGCCACAUAUGCCCCGAAGUAGAGGCUCACGACAGGCCGACAUACUUGAGCGUCAAAGGCUGCAGGCAAGGCGCAAACGACAAAUCGAAUCCAUCGCUCCACGUCUCGAAAUUCUGCGCAACUUACCAUUUUUCAUCCCUUUUGAGACGCGCGUCCAGAUUUUCCGCGAGUUUAUCUUUAGAGAUCAGGUAAGGAGAAGAGAUGGGGCGGUUGAUCCAGACACAUGGCGUAUGUCUGUCGCUGCCAGUUCACAGGGUAGGGCACCGGAUGGACGACGGAGGGGUUUCGAUAUCCUAAGUCGACAUCACGCUGAAAUCCACCGAGAGAGCGUCUUUGAAGACGCUUACGACGCGUUCUAUCCUCUUGGGGAGGCUCUCAAAGAGCCCAUCCAGAUCACAUUUAUUGACCAGUUCGGUGCGCCGGAAGCUGGCAUUGACGGCGGAGGCGUCACAAAAGAAUUUCUCAUGAGUGUCACAAGCGAGGCAUUCGACCCAGAUUCCAGCCUCAGUGCGUUCAAGGAAAAUAAUCAGCGAUAUUUAUUCCCAAACCCCCUGAUCUAUGAAGAGACUGUGAGGUUUCUGGUACGCAUGGGCAGAUCACCCAACACCGAGGGCUACACUCGCCCCAUGAACGAAUUUCUCCGCCGCUUCCAGUUUCUAGGCAGGGUAGUUGGAAAAUGUCUCUAUGAAGGGAUUCUUAUCGAUGUCACUUUUGCAGGAUUCUUUCUUCUCAAAUGGGCAUUGACUGGAGGUUCCACGGUUGGCUCUAACGAGACGGCAUACCGCCCAAGCAUCAACGAUGUUCGAGAAUACGACGAGGAACUGUAUCAAGGCCUCCUGAAAUUGAAGAACUACCCUGGCGACGUGGAAAGUGAUUUUGCGUUGGAUUUCACUGUAACCGAUACGUUUAACGUGCUGGACGUUGAUGGGAAGCAGAUUCCCGAGACGAUUACCACGGAACUAAGACCUAACGGCGCCAACAUCGCGGUAACGAACAUCAAUCGAUUUGACUACAUCAAUCGCAUAGUCAGAAGGAAGUUACUUGAACAGCCAAAAAUGGUGACUGAUGCCUUUCUUUCAGGUCUUGGGCAGAUUAUCCAACCAAGCUGGCUUGCCAUGUUCAAUCAGAAGGAGCUACAAAAGCUUGUUGGGGGAGACAGUUCCGAGCUUGAUAUCGCGGAUUUGCGGAAGCAUACACAGUAUGGCGGGCUUUACCAGAUCGGUGACGAUGGGUUGGAGCACCCAACUGUGCAGCUUUUUUGGGAAGCCUUGCAAGAGAUGGACAACGAGGACAGGAGGAAGGUGUUAAAAUUCGUCACGAGCACACCACGAGCGCCCCUCCUAGGGUUCAGCCACCUGAACCCCAGAUUCAGCAUUCGUGAUUCUAGUGAGGAUCAGGAACGACUGCCAAGUACUAGUACUUGUGUCAAUCUUCUCAAGCUACCUCGAUAUGGAGACAUCAAGACGAUGAAAGACAAACUGUUGUAUGCGGUCAACUCAGGAGCAGGAUUCGACCUUUCAUGA